AUGCCCAGAAAAACUAAAUCCAAAGAAAUCGAAGACGAAGUCGAGGAAGAAGAAGUGGUUGAAGAAUCAUCCGAAGCAACCGCAGAAGUGGGAGAUGCUUUUAUUCCAAUCCAAGAAUUAGAAAACCAUGGUAUUUCAGCAACCGAUGUAAAGAAACUUGUUGCUGGUGGUUUCCAUACUGUACAAUCACUCAUCAUGACCCCAAAGAAGACAAUCAUUAACGUUAAAGGUAUCAGUGAACAAAAGUGCGACAAGAUUCUAGAGGCAGCACAAAAACUUUUUCCUUCUGGUUUCUCAACAGCUGCGGCAUAUCAAGAAGUGAGAAAGAAAGUAACAAAAGUUUCAACUGGAUCCAAAGAAUUGGAUAAAUUACUAGGUGGUGGUAUUGAAUCAAAUUCACUAACAGAAAUAUUCGGAGAGUUUAGAACCGGAAAAACACAACUUUGUCAUACACUCGCAGUAACAUGUCAAUUACCUCUUGAGAAUGGUGGUGGUGAAGGAAAGGCAUUAUAUAUUGAUACAGAAGGUACAUUCCGUCCUGAACGAUUAGAACCUAUUGCUGAAAGAUUUGGUUUAAAGUAUUCCGAAGUAUUAGAUAACGUAACUUUUGCUAGGGCCUAUUCAAGUGAUCACCAAGAAAAAUUAUUACAAGAAGCUGGAAAAUUAUUGGCUGAAAGUCACUAUGCUGUCAUCAUUGUGGAUAGUUGUACUGGAUUAUAUCGUUCAGAAUUUUCUGGACGUGGUGAAUUGAAUGCAAGACAAAUUAGACUUUCAGCAUUCUUGAAAACUUUAUUGAAACUUGCAGAUGAAUUCCAUGUCGCAGUUGUUGUGACAAAUCAAGUUGUAGCUCAAGUUGAUGGUGGUGCUGCAUUUGCCGGAGCUGCCAAUGCUUUGAAACCAAUUGGAGGUCACAUUAUGGCUCACAUGGCCACGACACGUCUCUUCCUUAGAAAAGGUAAAGGUGAAGAAAGAAUUUGCAAGAUUUAUGAUUCGCCCUCAUUGCCAGAAGCCGAAUGUAACUUUGGUAUUUAUAACGAUGGAAUUAAUGAUCCCUCAGGAAAGUAA